CAAACACGUAGAUCUAGUGCUUUAGCAGAAACCGCAUUCUUCAAAAUGUCUUUCAUCACAGUUGCUCCUGACAGCGAUUUCCCUAUCCAGAACUUGCCAUAUGGCAUAUUUUCAACACCAGACAACUCUGAGCGACGACCAGGUGUUGCGAUCGGAGAAUACAUUCUGGACCUGAGUGUUGUGAAGCAUCUGUUUGAUGGACCAGCACUUCGAGGAAGGCAGGAUGUCUUUGAACAGUCCACCCUUAAUGCCUUCAUGGGUCUUGGAAGGGCAGCCUGGUCGGAGGCUCGGGAAACUCUUCAGAGGAUUUUGUCAGACUCUGAGCCAGUGCUGAGAGACAAUGCUGACCUCAGGUCGAGAGCCCUGGUUUCCCAGAAGACUGCCACCAUGCACAUUCCUGCAUCUAUUGGUGACUACACUGACUUCUACUCCUCCAAGAACCACGCUUACAAUGUCGGAUGCAUGUUUAGAGAUCCUGCAACUGCUCUGAACCCCAACUGGACGUGCCUGCCAGUGGGUUAUCAUGGCCGCUCCUCGUCUGUGGUGGUGUCUGGUACUCCGAUGAGACGGCCAAACGGGCAGACGCGACCUGACGACUCCAAACCCCCGUCUGUGACCCCGUGCCGUCUGUUUGACUUUGAACUGGAGAUGGCGUUCUUCGUUGGGCCGGCCACUCAGCUCGGCGAGCCCAUCCCCAUGGAGAGAGCGGAGGAUCACAUCUUUGGCAUGGUGCUCAUGAAUGACUGGAGUGCACGAGACAUCCAGAAAUGGGAGUAUGUGCCCCUCGGCCCCUUCACAGCCAAAAAUCUGGGAACUACGAUAUCUCCCUGGGUGGUCACAAUGGACGCCCUCAAGCCUUUUGCCAUUCCCAACAUGCAGCAGGACCCCGCCCCUCUCCCCUACCUCCGCCACGAGGACCCCUACAACUUUGACAUCACGCUGGACGUCUCCCUGAUGGCUGACGGUCUGUCCAAACCAGCGCCCAUCGCCAAGUCAAACUUCAAGUACAUGUACUGGACCAUGAAGCAACAGCUGGUCCACCACACGCUGACCGGCUGCAAUGUGAACCCCGGUGACCUCCUGGGGUCAGGAACCAUCUCAGGAGAGACUUCCGACUCGUACGGCAGCAUGCUGGAGCUGUGCUGGAAGGGCACCAAGGUCGUGGAGCUGGGCAACGGGGUGACCCGGAAGUUCCUCCAGGACGGUGAUGAGGUCAUCUUUCACGGGUUCUGCGAAGGCAACGGUUACCGCGUGGGCUUUGGGACCUGCACGGGAAAAGUUUUGCCGGCCCACCCUCUGUAGUGGGAGUUGAGGUCAGGAGCAUGGCCAACCGCUGCCACCAGGUUGUUUUUGGCAGCUUGAAAGUUCCGAAAGUGUUUUCCGUGUUCCGGAAUGUUAAUGUUACUAUUUGUUUGAGUUUUGUUUUGUAGAUGUGAUAUCAGAACAAUUGUUGUGGGUACGACCUGAGAAGAGUUUCUGGACUUUGUUGUUGUUUUAUCUACGAAAGACGGGAGUUUCUUGAAAGAACUCUAAUUCUGUUGUUUCUUUGAAAAAGCUUCACUCACUAACACGAAAUGUUUUUUCGAGAUAAAGAUGGAAAAGGAUUUUCUUUUUCCUUUUAAUUUGUGUGUGUGGGGUUGCUUUUUUUAUAUAUUUUUUUUUAUAAUUUUUUUUUUACUUGUCACUUUUCUUUGCUCCCCGAUGUUAAUGAAAAAAUAAUUCCAGCAUUCGGUGAAUGUGUGUUGUGAUAGUAUGCCUUGCUAGUGUACUCAGUAGUUCAAUCAGUUUGUGGUACUAGUCAGGUGAGAGGUCCAAGCUAUUCUGAGAAAUAUACCGUAUGUGUUGUUUUGAGAAUCAUAGUCAUGAUCCAGAGCUUUCUUUAUUCAUGCGAGUUACGUUUCUGUGGUGAAAUAGGUUCUCUCAUUCUACUGAUUUCAUUUGAUGUUUGUGAGCAUAUGGGAAUGUUUUCUUAACGUAAAGGUAUCCAGCUUGCAAAAUAUUGAAAUUUUCUAUUUUUGCUCUGAAUUUAUAUCUUGGAAGUCUUCAAGCGAUAGUUUUACCUGCAAAAAUAUUCAAAAUUUUGAUUUGCUGUGAUUGUAGUUGGUACCUUGUUAUUAUUAUCAGAAUAUGCCAUGGUAUUGUUUGCCCAGUCUAUUUUAUCCAUUUUGGACCAACUUGUCACUGAAAGUCACAUUUGAUUUUGAUGUCUCGUGCCAUAAGAUGAACGUCGGCAGACACAGCAGUUUGUGAUGAGCUAAUGAGGAGAGAGGUCAGUUGGAUAUCAGUGAUCUAAGAGGUCAAUUACCAAAGUGCCUUUGUCAUUCCAGAUUUUUAAAAUCUAUUUCACCGCUAUUUUGUACUGAUUCUUUCUGUUCUUACCGAAUCAGUUGUUUCCAGCAAGUGUUUGUUUGCCCCUUAGCAUUUUGUGGACAAAAAUUGUUAUAAAUUUUAUUUGGAAGAAGUAAAAAAAAAA